GCUCUAACUCUGAUUUAUCUACUAAGUAAUAAUUAACUAAUAUAAUCUUGUUGAUAAGGGGGAAGUGAAAGAGUGAAGGGAGAAUUGAGAGAAAUGAAUUAAGAUUAUAUUAGGGUGGCCACUAAAUUGCAUUUUUACUAUUUGUUUUCUCGAGUUACCUUCAUUAUCAUUGAUAGGUUACGAUUUGAUUCGCAUUUUUUUCAAAUCUGGAAAAAUUCUCUUGGUGGGGAGUGUAUGAGUAUGGUUAUGGGAUAGGGAAGGCUAAAACCAUAUCCACCCCAAACCCACCCCAUACCCAUCAAACAUUUUAUGGGUUUUACCCAUACUCGUCCCAUACCCAGUCAAAGCAAGGAUUCUCCGCAUUGACUGGGUCGGAGGCGGUUGGAUACCCACGGUCAUGAGUUUGAUUACCAUCACUAAGCACAGUUGAGAGCAUGGAGAGAGCGACAUGGAUUUAGUGAGAAUGGAAGCAGUCCGUCAGCUGGGUCUGAUUGGGCGCCUGCUAGCUGAAAAAUAAUCAAACGUUAAGUCAAUGAAAAUAGCAUUGGCUAAAGUGUGGAAUCUAAAGAAGGGCUUUCAUAUUACAUAUCUGGGAGAUAUGCUAUUUGCGUUCCAGUUCCUUGACAUGGAUGACACGAACAAGGUUUGCUAUGGAGGCCAUUGACAUUAUGAAAACUAUAUUAUGGUCUUUAUGGCUAGCUUGCUUAUCAAGAAAUCUACCACUGAAGCAUUGCAUGUGAUCGAUAUCUGGAUUCAAAUCAAAGAGUUUCCAGCGGAACUAAGAACUUAGAAGAUGGUAGAGAAGAUAGCUAACAGAUUUGGUUCCCUAGUGUGGUUUGAUGAUAAUUCUCGUACAAUGUGGGACACUUAUAUGCGCAUGAGAGUGAGCAUCUCUAUUAAUAACCCUCUGAAAAAGAAUAUAAAGCUCAACAUUGGAGGAAGAUUAGUGGAAUACCUGAUCAAGUACGAGAAGCUCCCAAUGUUCGGUUAUUCAUGUGGGGGAAUUGGGCACCCAAAGAUACGUUCCCUAAACCAUCUGGUCUGGAAUCAGAUCCUUUUGGUAUGGAGUUAAAAACUGGAGUCCCAAGUCCUCGCAAUUGGAUGGCACACACAACAAAGAAAGUGGAUGUUGAGAUAUGGGCAUUACUGAGGAAAAAAGUUUGAUAUGGAAAGCAUUAGAUCCAAUUCGGAUCACGAAAUGCCACCUCUAGAAGAAGUGGUAGACAUCAAGCAUUCACAAAAGUCUAAACAGGUACCACAAGCUGAGAUAAGAAAUGAACCUAUCGAGAUCGAAGAGAGAAGGUAGGAGAACGAGAAAGAAGAAGGAAACCAACCAAGGGAAGAAGCAGGAAAGGGCGCACCACAAAACCCCAAUAUGAGAAAGCUGGGGAUAGGAGGAGCUCUACAACAAUUUGUCAUGGGGGCGAGUGGUGCUAUCCCUGAAAGAAAAAACACGGGCAGAGUAUGGAGAAGACAAGAUUAGACAGUGAAGAGAAGAGGGAGAGAACUGACAGGUCAAGAAAGCUAAAGUUCUCACUUUCAAAGAAGGUGACACUGUGGUUCCAAAUGGAAAAAUUAACAAACAUAAGGAUGGAGAAGAGGCGGACUCUGAUGAGGAGCAUAGCCGCCCCACUCAAUGAGCAUCCUAAGUUACAACUGUCGUGGGUUGGGGAAGGACACGACAGUUGGAAGAGUAGCUGAGCUACUCAAAGAACAAGACCCCAACGUAGUUUUUCUUAGAAAACUAAAAAGCAUGAGCAUGAAUGGGAGGAGCUGAUUCGAAAGUUAGGAUGGACAAAAGGUAAGGGUGUAGGGUUCAAGGAAUACAACUAGAGGGAUUUAAAUGUUAUGGAAGGAAGAACUGAAUGUUGCAGUCAAGUCCCCCGGAUCAAAAUUACAUUGACAUAUGGAUUACUGAAGGUCUAGAAGAAAACAGGUGGCGGUUGAUUGGAAUUUAUGGAUGGCACGAGCGAGAAAAUAAAUCUCAGACAUGGGAUUUUAUAAGCAGACUGCUAUUUGGAACCCUUUUGUCUACUACCACCACCGUCUCUUAUGUGCAAAUGUAGAAGAUAAAGUCGGCUUUGCCUCUGCACCCCUAACUUUUCAAAGACUGACAUUGGAUUGGGAGAAGAAAACAAAGAGAGGAAGGAGAAGAGUUGAGUGCGAACUAGGUGAGUGAAGCCAUUGAUGGAAGAAACUAGGAAGUAGUCUUUUCAAUCUUUACUCUAGUAGAAGCCAUUGACGAAGAAGAGUGUGACAGAUGAGAAAAUAAGUGCAUCUACCAAAUUUGAACCUUAAACCUCCAACAUGUUGAUUAAAAUGUAAGUAGGAUUAUUGAUUUUAAAGUUAUCUUAGUUAUUAAAAGACACGUUUAUUCAACUAUUGAAGACUCUAAUACCAUGUUGAAAACCAGUUUAUUUUAAAUAUCUUAAGUCAUAAGAAGUAAAAAAAUCUCAUAUCAUUAUCGUACAAGUUAACCUGGUAACUUAAUCAAAUUCAUAUUAUGUAUUACAUAUAUUAGUUCCCCACUCUUGCUUUUACCUAAAAACAAAAUUUCAAAUUCGGUAAGAAAAUAUGAAACAUUUAUGAAGUUUCUCGGCCAACUCUCUUUCAAAUAACAAUUUCCCGGCCAAAUUCAUCCCCUGAGUAGAGUGCCAGCUGCUUUAACUUAUCCAUUUUAACCAUCCUUUUUCUCUAUGUGUAUUACGAAUCUUCCAUAUAUCGAUAUGCACUUUUACCAUAAACCCGAACCAGCAGAUUCGAAAAUGAAAAUAAAAAUGAACA